UCCUUCCCUGCUGAUACAAACCCAUCAGCAAACCAAAGAGAAUUCGCCAUUUUUCUGUGCUCUCCGUUGGCGGUAGCAACGGCGAGCUUGCGGCUACGAACGACGGGUAUGAUUGGCGGUUACGACGAUGGGGUAUGAAAUCUCAUUUCGGUAUUGCUAAUUAGUCCAAGAGGUGGAGAGAGUGAGGCAGAGAGAAGGAAAGAUAAGAGAGUUUGUGUAUGCGUGAUUGCUGCAUCUUCUAGAGAAUCUCCCAUUCCAUUGCAUUUUGCGAUUUGUUCGACGUUCUAAGAGUAUGGAAGUUCGUUUGCCACUGGAAAGGCCUAUCGGUAACCGAACGGUGUUAAGCCAGUACAAGAUCAAGCCAUUUCUUGGAUUCCUGCCCCUCCAAUCUUUCAAAUGGAGCGGAAAUGAAAUGGUAGCAAAGGCUACACAUGGAAUUACUGCAAGUUCAGACUUUUCAAAAAGAAGGCAGAGGAAAGUUUCCAAUCCACGGUCAAGAGAUUCAUCGCCAAAAGGUUUUACCCCAAAAACACAAAUCCCAACAAACAUCCCGAAGAAGUAUCAGAAGAGCAAUGAUGAAGAUGAUGUUUCAGGUUCUUCAUCACGCAAGAAGUUUGAGGAGCCUAAUGCUAAAACACCUGAAUUAAUAUUCGUAGGUGAUGAUGAAGAGAAUCUAGAAAUGGAGGAAAAUUUAGCAGCAACCCAAGAGGCUGAUGGUUCUGAGUAUGAAAAAUUUAUUGAAGAAAAACAUGUAUAUGAAGGUCAGCUGCAUAAGAAUGUGGCUAAAGACAAGUUCAAAGAAGCACCUGUGACCUUGAAAGUGGGAACAGAAAUGUCAGGUGAAACAGAUUCAAGGUCAGCAGAGAUCGGAAAACUUUCAAAAAAUGCAGAACAUGUCAAGAGUAUAGAGACCACUGAUGAUACACAAGAAAAAUUGUAUUUGCAGUCUGUAGCAGUUGAUAAUCAUCCCACUACAAUUGAAAAGGAUAAAUCAAGUGGUGAACUUUUCAAAAAGCUAGAAUUGGAUAGGAAAAAAAAAUUAUGGAAAGAAGCAUUUCAGAGGCUGGCUGAUAAUAAUUUCACUAGAGGGAACCGAUUAUUUCACCACCCACAGCUGGUAAAACCUGAUCAAGAUGUAGAGAUUUUUUUUAACAGAAGUAUCUCCAGGUUGAAGGAUGAGCCCGAAGUUUUCAUCAUGGGAGCUUUUAAUGGCUGGAGAUGGAAAUCUUUCACAUUUAAGAUGAGCAAGAGCCAUCUUAAAGGUGAUUGGUGGUCUUGCCUAGUCCAUGUUCCUAAGGAAGCUUAUAAGAUUGAUUUUGUUUUUCAUAAUGGGGAAUACAUCUACGACAACAAUAAUGAGCAAGAUUUCUGCAUUAGAGUGGAGGGUGGGAUUGAUGAAUUCGAAUUUGAAAAUUUCUUGCUAGAAGAAAAACGCAGGGAGCAAGAGGAACUUGCUCGUAAGAAAGCUGAAAUGGAAAGACAAGAAGAGAAAAAAAUGCGUCUAGAAGCAGAAAGGAUUGCAAGUGAGGCUGAUAGAGCUCAGGCAAGGACCGAAGUUGCAAAGAGAAAGGGAGAGCUGCAACAAAUGUUGAAGAGUGCCAUGACAUCGAUGGAUGAUGUCUGGUACAUGGAGCCGCCUUUAUAUGGAAGCAAUGACAUAGUCAAGCUUUACUACAACAAAAGUUCGGGACCACUUAAACAUGCUGAUAACAUAUGGAUUCAUGGAGGACAUAAUGGUUGGAAGGAUGGGUUAUCAAUAGUUUCAAAGCUCAUCAAACCUGAGAGAAAAGCUGGAGAUUGGUGGUUUGCUGAAGUUGUUGUACCUGACAAGGCCUUUGUGUUGGACUGGGUAUUUGCUGAUGAUCUACCUAGCCGGGCAAAAGUUUAUGACAACAACAAUGAACAAGAUUUUCAUGGUAUUGUCCCAAUGUCCCUUCCUGAUGACCGAUAUUGGUUUGUACAAGAGGAAGAAAUAUAUGAGAGACUGCAGGCGGAAAGGCAGCUGAGAGAAGAAGCAUUACGAGCUAAGGCUGAAAAAACUGCUCGCCUUAAGGCAGAAACAAAGGAAAAAACUUUGAAAACGUUUCUGUUGUCUCAAAAGCAUAUUGUUUAUACGGAUCCACUUGAUGUCCAAGCUGGAAGCACAGCCACCUUAUACUACAAUCCUGCUAACACUGUUCUAAGAGGAAAACCAGAAGUUUGGUUGAGAUGCUCAUUCAAUCGCUGGACUCAUCGUUUUGGUCCAUUGCCACCUCAAAAAAUGGUCCCUGCUGAAAAUGGUUCUCAUCUUAAAGCCACUGUCAAAGUUCCGUUGGAUGCAUAUAUGAUGGACUUUGUGUUUUCUGAAAAAGAAAACGGGGGAGUUUUUGACAACAAGAAUGGUAUGGACUACCAUAUACCUGUGUUUGGAGGAGUAGUGAAGGAGCCUCCCAUGCAUAUUGUACACAUAGCAGUUGAAAUGGCACCCAUUGCAAAGGUGGGAGGUCUUGGUGAUGUUGUCACUAGUCUUUCCAGAGCUGUUCAGGACAUGAGCCACAAUGUGGAUAUUAUCCUUCCAAAAUAUGAUUGCUUGAAUCUUAGCAAUGUGAAGAAUUUGCAUUUAUAUAAGAGCUAUAUGUGGGGUGGAACUGAAAUUAAAGUUUGGGUUGGAAAGGUGGAAGGCCUCUCUGUGUAUUUCUUGGAGCCUCAGAAUGGAUUAUUUUGGGUCGGCUGCAUUUAUGGACGCCAUAAUGAUGGAGAGAGAUUUGGUUUCUUUUGCCAUGCAGCUCUUGAGUUUCUUCGGCAGAGUGGCUUCCACCCCGAUAUAAUUCAUUGUCAUGAUUGGUCUAGUGCUCCUGUGGCGUGGUUGUUCAAAGAACAAUACAUGCAUUAUGGCCUUGAAAAAGCCCGUGUUGUAUUCACCAUACACAACCUUGAAUUUGGAGCACACCUGAUUGGGAAAGCUAUGGCAUUCUCAGACAAAGCUACGACUGUCUCCCCAACUUACUCUAAGGAAGUUUCUAGCAAUCCUGUAAUAGCAUCUCAUCUUCACAAGUUUCAUGGGAUCCUAAAUGGAAUUGAUCCAGAUAUAUGGGAUCCUUUAAAUGACAAAUUCAUUCCAGUAUGUUAUACAUCAGAAAAUGUUGUUGAAGGCAAAAGAGCUGCCAAGGAAGCUUUGCAGCAAAGACUUGGGCUGGAAAAGGCUGAUCGGCCCUUGGUAGGAAUAAUCACUCGCUUGACUCACCAGAAAGGAAUCCGCCUUAUUAAACAUGCCAUCUGGCGGACACUUGAUCGCAAUGGACAAGUUGUUCUGUUGGGCUCUGCUCCUGAUCCACGAAUCCAGAAUGAUUUUGUGAAUUUGGCAAAUCAAUUGCAUUCUACGCAUAAUGGCCGCGCACGUUUAUGUCUGACAUAUGAUGAGCCUCUCUCACACUUGAUAUAUGCUGGUGCAGAUUUCAUUCUGGUCCCUUCAAUAUUUGAACCAUGUGGACUAACCCAACUUACCGCAAUGAGAUAUGGUUCAAUUCCUGUCGUUCGUAAAACUGGAGGGCUCUUUGAUACUGUUUUUGAUGUUGAUGAUGACAAAGAAAGAGCAAAAGUUCAUGGUCUUGAGCCAAACGGGUUUAACUUUGAUGGAGCAGACGAGGCUGGUGUUGACUAUGCUCUUAAUAGAGCAAUCUCUGCUUGGUAUGAUGGAAGAGAAUGGUUCAACUCUUUGUGCAAGCGCGUUAUGGAGCAAGAUUGGUCUUGGAACAGGCCAGCUCUCGAUUACUUGGAGCUCUACCACGCUGCUCGCAAGUGAGAUAUAAGUUAGCAGAGGCUUCUGUACAGGUCAAUUGUUUUAUUUUAAAGCAAAUCUAACUGUACAUGUACAUCGGUUGUUCAAAUGAUUUUGACAUGGGGUAACAUAAAUUUCACUGUUUACACAAUAAGCAACAGUGCAAACAACACGAUAAAUGUUUUCUUUUUGCCCCGGUGGGAUGAACUUGAUUAUUGCCUCUUCUUCCAUUA